CUCUAUUUCCACCCACGUGUAUUUCCUGUGUGAACCACGAGGUUGACUUGCCAACAACUCACGCUGCACUAAUGGAUCAUCUAAAAGACGGAUGGUUUAGCGAACUGAGCGAGCUGUGGCCUGGACAAUGCAUGUCACUUCAAGUGGAGAAGGUCCUUUUCCAUGAAAAGUCCAAAUAUCAGGAUGUACUGGUAUUUAAAAGUAAGACGUAUGGCAACGUCCUGGUCCUGGAUGGUGUGAUACAGGCCACAGAGAGAGACGAGUUUUCAUAUCAGGAAAUGCUUGCACAUUUACCCCUGUGUUGCCACCCAAAUCCAAAGAAAGUGUUGAUCAUCGGCGGGGGAGAUGGGGGUGUGGCCCGCGAGGUUCUGAAACACCCUGAGGUCGAAUCAGUUGACAUGUGUGAAAUCGAUGAGAAAGUUAUAGAAGUAAGUAAAGAAUAUUUGCCAGAGAUGUCAAGCAGCUUCGCUAAUCCCCGCUUGAAUCUCCACAUCCAUGACGGCUUUGACUUCAUGGGCAAACACCACGGGGAGUUUGACGUCAUCAUCACAGACUCCAGUGAUCCUAUAGGCCCUGCAUCGUCACUGUUUGAGAAGUCCUACUAUGAACUAAUGAAGAAGGCCCUCAGACCGGGAGGCAUCCUCUGUAGUCAAGGGGAGUGUGUGUGGCUCCAUUUGGAACUCAUCCGGAAUAUGCUGGAUUUCUGUAAGACCAUCUACCCCUCAGUCAGCUACAGCUACACCACGAUACCCACGUACCCCAGCGGCCAGAUCGGCUUUGUGAUGUGUAGUCUUAACCCAGAAAUGAACUUUGAGGACCCCAUCAAUGCCCUGAGCCGGGAGCAGGCAGAGAAGCUCAAGAUGAAGUAUUACAACACUGCCAUCCAUAAAGCCGCGUUUGUACUUCCGGAGUUUGCAAGAAAGGCUCUUCAAGAUGCAUGAUGUACAUUCCUGAUGUCCGCCGGCCAGUAACCAUGGUAACACAGGUUACCAAUGGUUACACACUGAUGUUUAUACCUCUACAGAUGUAUAUCACUGUUUAAUCAUGGCACACAGUUGGGGGAGGGAUUGUUUUCGACAUGUGUUUUUUGUUGCAUAUUUGUUAUGUUUCUGUAUUUUUAAAAAAACAUGCGAUUCCAGAACAGAAGAGAUUGCCAAAUUGUGGAUUGGUUGGCCAAACUGUUUGACAUGGCUGUAUCAUCUUACUCUGAUGGCUGGGUUGUUUGUCAAUCUCAAUAUUAUCUACACAAUUUCGGUGACAUUUUUUUCUAUUGUUCAUUUUUUAGAUUUUAACCGGAGAACUUUGUCAAAAUAUUAUUAUUAAAAAUAUCAUAAGCAUAGUCUUGAAUGGAAGUCUUUCGGAUUGGCUCAUAUCGAUUUCAGAUGUCCUCAGGGGCGGUCGGGUAGCCUAUUGGUUAAAGCGUGCGCUCGUCAUGCCGAAGACCCGGGUUGAAUUCCCGAUAUGGGUACAACGUGUGAAGCCCAUUUCUGGUGUCCCCCGCCGUGAUAUUGCUGGAAUAUUGCUAAAAGCGGCUUAAGACCAUACUCAUUCACUUACUACUCACUCUUAUUGUUCAUUGUUCAGAUGUCCUCAGAUCUUUGUGUAGAUUGUUGGCCUUGGUUUCUGUCACUGGUUUGGCAGGCUAGGCCCUCAGUACUUCCAUGCUUGUUAGCGAUAACUAAAGUGGGGAUUUGUCAUUGUCAAUACUUCAUGUUUGUAUACACUGUGUUCCAACAUGACAUAUUGAAUACAGAGCUGCCAUUCAGUUUAGUCCCAGUUUUUACCAAAGAUUCCAGAAAAGGCAUGGUUCCAGCAAGGGUAGGGGCAGUCGGGUAGCCUAGUGGUUAAAGCGUUCGCUCACGCUGGAGCCGCGUGUUCGAUUCCCCACAUGGGUACAACGUGUGAAGCCCAUUUGUAGCGUUGAACGCCAUGAUAUUGCUGGAAUAUUGCUAAAAGUGGUGUAAAACCAUACUCACUCACUCCUACAUGGCACAUUGAAUACAGCGCUGCCAUUCAGUUGAGUCCCUGUUCUUGCCAAAUAUUCGAGAAAAGGCAUGGUUCCAUCAAAAGAGGGGGCGGUCGGGUAGCCUACUGUUUAAAGCGUUCGCUCGUCACGCCGAAGACCUGGGUUCAAUUCCCGACAUGGGUACAAUGUGUGAAGCCCAUUUCUGGCGUUAGACGCUGUGAUAUUGCUGGAAUAUUGCUAAACGCGGCGUAAAACCAUACUCACUCACUCCUACAAGGCACAUUGAAUACAGCGCUGCCAUUCAUUUGAGUCCCUGUUUUUGCCAAAUAUUCCAGUAAGAAGGCAUGGUUCCAGCAAGAGAGGACCCAUUACCCAGAUUAAUGUGUUCUCAGCCUAGUUCACUCAAACAGCAAUGUUCCUCGUGUUGUAGGUUGUGUCAUAGCUUGUGUCAUGGCCAUGUGGCUGCCUACUCCAGAGGUGGAGGCGUUAAACAAACAAACAAACAAAUAAACA